CCGGAGCCGGGGCGGUUCUGGGCUGUGCUGCCCGGGGUGCCCGAGUGCAGAGCCGCCCGCCCCCCGCCGCCUGCCGGCCGGCCGGCCCACACACCCUGCAGCCCCGGGAGCCUCGCGACGGGCCGGGGGACCAGCACGCCUCGGGCUUCCCUCCUUGCACACGGGCUGAGGCGGCAGCGGGGGCGGCGGAGACCGUGACGGGAGAGGCGGCGGCGGCGGCGGCGGCGGCGGGGCCGGCCCAAACACGCAGCCGCCUGCCACCCAUCCCCAUUUGAGUGCUAUGGUCUUGAUUCAUCCUUUCGAAGGGUUUAGAGUGUCAGUGUGACAUACAAACUGUUCUUCAGUAUGAAAGUGAAUUCUGGGUAUCUGCUCUGCAGUAAUGCAGCCUUGUCUCCUGGGCAGUGCUGUUAAUCCUGCUGUACAGUUAGCAACCAGUGAGAUCAUAGUGUGGGAAGUGUCUUUCCUCGUCACAUGUGGGUUUGGCUCUGACAGCAUUUCUCCUGCAGAUCCAUGUCCUUUCAGAACGUAAGUCCAAAGAAAGAUGGAGAAAGAUUGUGCUGGUGUAGCCAGGACUGUCACUUCUUUUUCUGUUUUCCUUGGUAGUUUCUUUUCAGAGGCCAGAGACUCUAAAGCUCUACUUCCUUCUUUGCACAGGGAAUGAUGAGAGACCAGUAUAAGACUGAGAACAAGUCUGGUUUUUGUUCCAUUUAUGGGGAUGGGAUCAAACCCGGGGCCUUGUGUAUCCGAGGCAAGCGCUCUGCCACUGAGCUACACCCACAGCCCCACUUUCUGGGUUUGGAAGCCAGUGCAGAUUCUAAUCUUGGCUCCUUUCUUGAGUACUAAAUUUGCCCUUUCUGGGAGCCUGGUGAGACACUUCACACUUGCGAAGAUCUGGGUCAAGGGUUUUCCUGACUGCCAAUGUCCUUCAACAUUGAGAGCCUGCAGCAGAAUUUCCCAAAGUGCGGUCCAGGGAUUAUCUGCCCCUAACAUACUUUGGAAACUGUGGGUUCAAUAAUCAGGUUGUGAAACGCUGCACAGUUUUCCUCCUGCCUUUACCAGGAGUGCUCAUAAGUGUAUUAAAAACCCCUAAGAGGUUCUGCCAUGAGUGGUUUUCUAAACUAUUUUAACAGCAGUCCUAUUUUCAUUCAAAAAGCUAUUAAUAUCCAUGGAACUAGUGUAUUUAAGAUAUGCACUUGGGGAAACGCCAGACUAUGUUAUCACUGGGCUAAAUACUUGGGUCUGACUUUGGUUUAGGCAAAGGCUCUGCUGUCUUUGAUCUAGUCCCCCAGUGAUCCUGGGAGUGCCCUCCCGUGUGAUCUGAAGAAAGGGAAUGGCAGCCUGGGUCAGUGACUCCUGUGGCCAGCAGGAUGGGAAGUGAGUAAGAACGCUGGCCAGAGUCGGCAGAGAGACGACCUGGUCCCGGGAAGGCAGACUAGUGCCAGGCCAGGUGCGGGGCUUCUUCCUCUUCAGUUAGAGCCAUGUGCUUACGGACGAGACGGGUCUGUCUCGCUCGGGACAGCAGUGCUGACUCUUCUUCUCCUCUGGGCAGAAUCCUAAUGCUCCUGGCUAGCCGGUGGUGAGCAGCUUUGGGGCCAUCGUGGUUGGCUCCCCAAGGAAGCCUUCUGAAGCCAAUGGAUGCAUUCUCGGGCUCGGGGCUCAAGAGGAAAUUCGAUGAUGUGGAUGUGGGCUCCUCAGUUUCCAACUCAGAUGAUGAGGUCUCCAGCAGUGACAGUGCUGACAGCUGUGACAGCCUCAACCCUCCCACGACCGCCAGCUUCACGCCCACAUCCAUCCUGAAGCGGCAGAAGCAGCUGCGGAGGAAGAAUGUCCGCUUUGACCAGGUGACUGUAUACUACUUUGCCCGGCGCCAGGGUUUCACCAGUGUGCCCAGCCAAGGUGGAAGUUCUUUGGGAAUGGCCCAGCGCCAUAACUCUGUACGCAGCUACACCCUUUGUGAGUUCGCACAGGAACAGGAGGUGAACCAUAGAGAGAUUCUUCGUGAGCACCUGAAGGAGGAGAAGCUUCAUGCCAAGAAAAUGAAGCUGACCAAGAAUGGGACAGUGGAGUCAGUGGAGGCUGAUGGCUUGACACUGGAUGACGUUUCAGAUGAAGACAUCGAUGUGGAAAACGUGGAGGUGGAUGAUUACUUCUUCCUCCAACCCCUGCCCACCAAGAGGCGACGGGCCCUGCUGAGGGCGUCCGGGGUCCACCGGAUUGAUGCCGAAGAGAAGCAAGAACUGAGAGCCAUCCGCCUGUCUCGGGAAGAGUGUGGUUGUGACUGUCGGCUCUACUGUGACCCAGAAGCAUGUGCCUGUAGCCAGGCUGGGAUUAAAUGCCAGGUGGAUCGAAUGUCCUUUCCUUGUGGCUGCUCCAGAGAUGGCUGUGGAAACAUGGCUGGGCGAAUUGAAUUUAAUCCAAUCCGAGUGCGGACUCACUACCUCCACACUAUCAUGAAGCUGGAGCUAGAGAGCAAACGGCAGGUGAGUCGCCCAGCAGCCUCGGAGGACGAGCCCUUGCCUACUGCUGGCUGCAGCCUGUCUGGAGCCCAGAGCUCCGAGACCCAGGACUUCCAGGAGUUCAUCGCCGAGAACGAGACCGCAGUGAUGCACCUGCAGAGCGCAGAGGAGCUGGAGCGACUCCGGGCGCAGGAGGACCCGAGCGGCCCUAGCGCUAGCUUGGACUCGAGCAUGGAGAGUCUGGGCGUGUGCAUCCUGGAGGAGCCCCUGGCUGUUCCCCAAGAGCUGUGUCCAGGCCUGGCCGCCCCCAUUCUCAUCCAAGCUCAGCUGCCCCCAGGUUCCUCCGUCCUAUGUUUUACUGAGAACUCAGAGCACUCGGCUGCCUCCCCCGUGAGCAGCCCGUCCUACUUGAACAGUGGUCCUCUGGUGUACUACCAGGUAGAGCAGAGGCCAGUCUUGGGAGUGAAAGGAGAGUCUGGUCCAGAAGAGGGCACGGCCUCCUUCCCCAAGGAGAAAGAUCUGAGUGUUUUCUCCCUUCCUGUUACCUCGCUGGUGGCUCGCAGCCCCUCAGACUCAGCCGCCCUCUGCAAACCCGAGGUGGGGAAACCACCCACUGUUGACAAACUAUUGCCUGAUGACUGCAGCCCCAAGGAGCCUGAGAGCGAAGACUUCCACCCCUCGUGGUCCCCCUCAGGCCUGCCCUUCCGAGUGGACAAUGAAGAGGACUGUGGAGGGCAGAACUGCCAGCAGAGCGAGGACCGGACCCCUGAAGACUCUGCCCUGGAGCUCCCUCUGACAGUGUGACCCGAGACAGACACUGCUCCUUCUCUAUUUAUUAUCUAACGCCAUUUCAGAACAAGACUGCUGCUCCCAGGUUACUUUAUUGAAAAUCUUAGGAAAAUGGGUAGGAAGGGGUUGUUAGCACAUGUAUUUUUAAAGGGAAAGAGACCAGCCUCACUCAGUUUCCAGUACUGAGCUCUCUGGGCCACCGGAACAAAGAUGUCGGUCACAAGUGAGCUGGGUAGCUCUUUAUGCAUGGGGCCAGAACUAAGGGUGUAAGCAGCUAGCUCCCUGCAGGGCAGCUCCUCCUCAUCCAUCUUGGUGUGUCAGUCACACUGUUAGAAAGGCAUCUCGGCUGAGUCUAGAACGGAGGCCACAGAAGAAUUUCUGCUUCUGUACAAAACUCCCAUCCUAAAAAUUGACCCUGCUUUCUCCCACCUCUUAACUGGGAAAGAAGUUAAUUUUCAACGUGUUUUGUGUUCCCUGACCUGCUCUGCAAAUGGGAUUCCUGGUCUGUAACUUGAAUUCUUUCUUUCAUAUGUUCUUAGGUUCUAGAGUUAAACUUCUCUGUCUUUUCCCCAUCUUUUCUCCUUAAAAGAAAAAAAUCCAGGUUGGAUAUGGAUAUGGUACAGAGCAUAAGUCAUCAGGUACAACAUUCUGGAAGAUGACUGUGUGCUUGCUUUCUUACCUAGUACACACACACACACACUCCUUUUGGGAGAGCUUGGCUCUAAAUGGAAUAUAAAGUGUAGUACAAGGUCAUCAGCUAGUUAGGAUUCUCUCUCUGUACGUACCCUUGUGGUCCUUGGUUAUCUAGGGUUAGAGAGCUCUUUGGAUGUUACAGUUCAGUCCCGAGAACUUCAGGUUUUAUUGGAUCCCUCCAUCUUGGAGAUUUAUGAAAACAAAGUCAAACUGAUUCUUAGUAUGUGACAUAGGACUCCCAGAUUCCAAAGGAUUCAAGAUCUGAUUAUAAUCUUUGGAAUCUAUAGACUGGGACUCAGACUCAGCACUUACCUCACAGAGUCCUACUCCUCUCCUGUCUUAGUUAAAGGGCCCGGGUCCCCAUUCAGCACUGACUUCUUUAUUGGCAAUGUUCCCUCUGCCUCCUGGUUACAUGGAGGUGGCAAGAGCAAAACAGUUUUCCUCUAUAGUUCUUUACUAACCAGGAAAGAAAAACAAAACUUACUUUGAUUUUUUGAGACAGGGUCUCGCUAAAUAGCCCUGGCUGGCCUGGAACUUACUAUGUAGCCCAGGCUGGCCCCCAACCUGUGGCAGUUCUCCUCCUGGUCAUGCAUCCCGAUUGCUGGGUUUGAGGUGCACACCACUUGGCUCAGCUGUAUUUAUUUUUGGUGGGAUAAUAAGGCCCUGGUGUCGUAGAGCGAACUUGACUGUGGGUGGCAGCAGAAACCUAACUCCCCGACCCUAAGCCUGCAGCUCCCUGUAUUUGAUACAGAUCCUGAUUUUUACCCAUUCUGCCACUGCUGUUCAUUUCUGGGUUUGCUUGGUUUUAUUGUUGGAGCUCUUAAGGAAGUACCUAUCUCUCUCCAGCCUCACAAGAGUUACCCUAGAGUAAGAGUACCAGAGGCCAACAUGCUCUCACCCUCAUCUAGAACUCUCAAACCCAAAACCAAAGCUAAACUGAGACUUUUACUGGUGGAGAGAAGAAUCUUUGAAAGUUUGCUGGAAAGGAGGACCCGGCACCUUUCCUCCUGAAGACUCCACCUCUGAGCCCCUGGACUUGGAUAUUCAUUAAGAAACAUGCUAGUCAUUGUCAUAAAGACUAGCCAACCCCAAGACACUUGGUAUUUCUGUAUAACUCUAGUUUCUUACUCCUCUUCAUUAAUUCCAUGUUCUCAUUCAAACUGAUCCCAAACUUCUGAGUGCUAACUAUUUAGCAUUGACGAAUGUCAAGGACCUUUUUCUACAACUGAGUCCAUCAGAUUUCUGGUGCUAACUGAAAGUGAUAGUUCCUGGUUGCUAGGAAGGCUAGGCCUCUGGUCACAGAAGCAGAACGGUCCCCUCAGGCAGGCCUAGGUGAACUGUGGCCAUCACCACAGCUCUCGUUGCCAUGCUGUCUGUCUCCUCGCAUACUGAGCACGGGUCAUGUUCUCAGUGUGAAUCCAAAGCUUGUCUGGCUCUCUGAAAACAACUUCUCCCCUAGGUUCUUUACAUUGUAAUAAUGCUGUAUUUAAAGAGAAUAUUUAAAUGUAAUAUUAAAGAAAUAUUCAAAAGAA